AUCUAUGACUAGAAAAUAUUUUAUUUACUUUUUUUGUUGUUGACAUUUUUUCUUGAUUAAAACACAUGUAUUAGGAACUCCACUGGCGUUUCCUGAAGCAACGGCUUCAUUGUCUUUUUUUUCUCGCUGAUAUUUAGAUAAUGGGCUGAUUUUUCAAUCGGCCAAUAACAGACAUACCCAUAGAUAAUAAUAUAUUUGAUCUGAUUACAGACCAUGGUUGAUUUUAUGUAAAGGAUUAAACGUCUGAGAGCUUAAAGUUAACAUUUCUAAAUGUUAGAAAAAACUUUCAAUAAUCCCAACACUGUCCUCUGUGGAGCCUGACUAGGUUAAAGUUCCUCCACGGUUCUAAAUAUUUGAUCUCCUAAAUACACAUAUCCUGAAAUACAUUCAUGCACUUAGUCCAUGAAUGUAUUAAGUGCAUGAAGAUUUGGACUUUGGGUGUUGCAUGGUCGGCACCUUGGAAGAACCAUAUCAGAACACCCCCAGCCUUGGUUAUCUUGGUAACAACUCCAGCUGCAGCACCAUGGUGGACAUCGGCGUGAAAAGUGGAGCUGCUUGGGUCUGUCAGCCUGAGGGACAUCAGCUGGCUGACAUCUUGCUUCCUGUUCAUCUGAGCAGCAGAGAAGAUGAGGAUGAAGAAGAUCUCAGUCAUUCUGACAAAGAAACUGAUGAUGUUGCUCCGGUGCUGUUGGAGCAGGUGGAGGAAGGCUCACCUUGUGUCCUGACUCUCAGCUGCCGCACAGCCUCCUCCGUUGCCAUCAGGAGCCUGACGGUGGUCAGCGAAGCUCGAACCAUGGAGGUUUACAACCAACUGGAGGAGUACUGUGGGACAGUGCGGGGUUUGAAGGACGAGAGCAUUCAGUCAGAGAGUCCAGAAAGAGGUCCUUUCUACAGGAAACAGCUUGUGUUUGACUAUCCAUCCUCAGCCUGUGAAGUGAAGUUGCUCUCUUUGGCGGGCAGAAGCAGCGUUCUGAUUCGUCGCGUCGUGCUGCGCCUGCAGGAGCUGCAGCCCGCUCCGCCCCGCGGCCCCGGGAUAGACCUGCAGCAGGUGCAGAAUCUGGUGGAAGAAAUGGGAACUAGCUUGUCUCCUGGUGCGCAGAACCUCCUGGACAUGGUGCAGUUCCAGCAGAAGAAUCAGACAGGCUCUCUGGGUGGCUUCUUGCCUCUCCUGAUGGGUGGUGGAGCUUUCUCUGCGUUGGCCGGAGGAGUUGGAAUGUCUGCAGCAACUGCCAGGAGUCCGCCUCAUCCUGCUGAUGCCACGCCUCCAGAGUCCAUCAGGUCUGCAGACCUGACUCCGUCUCACAACGGAGGGAUGUCAGAGGGCUCGACUUCCCCAGAUCUUUCACUCUCUGACAUCAGCUCCAACAAUACCACAAGCAGCGGGGAGCCAGUGAACCACACUCAGCUGGAGGAAAUGAUGUCACACUUCCUGAAAGGGCGGAGCCACGGGCAGGCGCUGAGCCCCGAGCUUCUGCCCAUGCUCCAGAGUGUCUGUGGACAGGUCACACAGCUUCGCCUGGAUAAUACCGAGGCAGCGCUUGAGAGGGAGAAGAAGAUGAGGAAUGGCACCUGUGAGUUGGACUCGGUCAUGGAGCGCCGCCUGGAGGAGAUGGAGCGGAGGCUGAAGGAGCACAUGGACCGCCGGCUGGACGCUCUGGAGCAGAAGCUGGAAAAGGCCCUGCUGAUGGCGGCCCUGAACCACGGAGCUGUGAGCGGGCCGCCGGGAGGAACUGCUCCGAUUGGGCCUUCGGAUUACAUCCAUCCAACUUCAGCUGCUGACUGAGCUCAGACCAGCUAGCGCACUCACUCAUUAUGUAACUGGAGGCCUUACAGCACUUGUAUUAAACCAGACAAUGGUGUCAAGAGUUAACAGGGAGGGUGACGGAGAGAACAAAAACACCUUUAACACAUAAAACUGUAACAAAUUUCACCUGAACUGUCAAAACUAGACACUAAACGGUAAAGUGUUUGCUCUCCAGUCGAAUAUGGAGUUUCUGCUUUUCUGUCAUGCUGCCGGUUUAAAGGGAAGUCAAUGAGACACUAUGUUAUGGUUGAGUAUCCUGAGUGCAACAUAGGGCCAGAAAGGGUCUGAAAACAAUGCAAUAACACUCAUUACACCUCAGUGUUUAUGACUAAAAUCAAUCCAAAACAAACUGUAAUAAAGAAUGAACUCAGAUGUUGUAACAGACCGCAGAGAAAUCUGCAAUAGAUUGUGAUGUAAUGCAAGUUUUCCAGCACAGCUGAUUGAGGCGUAACACCAGCAGAGGGGUUGUCUGUCCACGUAAAGCAUCUCUGUUCACUUUGAAGCUCGCAGAGUCGUCAUCUUGCUCAGUCGAGGAACCGACUCAUCCAUAAGUGAGACGAACAGCCGAGAGGACCAAACUUCCUGAAGUAUGAAUUGAAAACUCAUUUUGUAGGUCUGACCUGUUUGAGCUGGCGUGUUCUCCCGAUCUUACAGGAGUGGAGGUUGAUGAUGUAACUUAUUUUAAUGAUCACAUUUUAAAUGUUUUAAAUGCUGCACAUGUCUGUAAGCUAUUAAGCAAAUUUAUAAAUUGUGGAGUUAAACUGUACUGAUGUGAGCCACAAAUAAAAUGUCUUUAAUACUAA